AUGAUAAAUUCAGUUCCAGAUAUGGUGAACUAUUAUAAUGGGAUGGGGAAUCCUUCCAUGGUAAUAGGGCAAGUGAUAGGAUCAAAUUUAAUGAUCUUAGGUUUGACCCUUGGUUUGAUAAGUUUACUUUGUCAAAAUUCGUCUGAAGAAUUACAAGUACAUUUAGAAGCUCAAAUAGAGUCACCUUUACGAUCCCCCAUUGUUUCGCCCAGACUUCAGUCUUAUGUAGACCCUGAUGAAGAUAUGAUACAGCCGCACAAGAUUGACCAAUUACACGACCAGGUUGAUUCGUUACUUUAUCUGGUAUUAUGGUUGGCAACGGUGAUAUUAAUGUUCAUAUAUAUUAUUUACGAUGGUAAAAUCACUACUAUCGAGUCCUUGGUUAUGAUUGGUACUUAUUUGGUUUAUUUAAGUCAUCUUCUUUAUUCACCUCAACCUCCCAUCAUAGAUAUUGAUGAACAAUUAGAACAUGAACCUCAAUCUAAUCUUCAUUAUUUCGUUCAUGCGGUAGUAUUUCUAUUGGGACUAGUGAUAAACUCACCUUUGAGAUAUUUCAAUUUAUCAGUGUUGGUGUAUUUCAAAAUCCCUUCAGUUUAUGUGGUAAUGGCAUUAGUGAUUCUUUCCCCUUCGUUGUAUCUAUCCAAAACCAAAUAUGUGGUAGCUGUGGCCAAUAGUAUCUUGGUAAUCUCCUAUAUAAGUUCAAUGGUGGUUAAGAUAAUAGUUAAUUAUGGUGCCAUUUUAAAGAUUACAGGUUUUUCUUUAGGCUACCUAAUUUUCUCCAUAGCUAACCUGUUAAAUGACACGGUCACCAAUGUGACUUUAUCGUUCAUCAAUCCUGAUCUUGGAAGAAAUGCAUGUCUUGGUACACCGGUAUUGCUAAUUCUUUUGGGUCUUGGAGUGAAUUGUAUCAAAGGGAUCGAAUUUGACGGGUUCAAAUUAGGUGCCAUGGGAUUAUUGGGAAUUUUGGUUAUAGUAUCAGGAGGAUACCUUGUUAAUUGGGGUAGAGUUACCGGGGUUUUACUAGUAAGUUUCUGGUUAAUGAUGGAAUUAAUCAGCAUUAUCAAGUUAUAG